GAAAUUCGCCUGACCUCCAGUAAAUGCAUCAACCUGGACGUUGCCUGCGAAAAGGGUGCCAACGAUCUGGUCAGCAACCUCCUCCAAUUGACUCAGGACCUCAAACGCCUUCGCCUCACUAUCGUCGACUUCGCCUGUCUCAAGGUCAUUCUUCUGAUGCAGCCAGAUCUUGCUAACCUUAGAGCUGUGCGCCAGGUCAAGCAAUUUCAGGAGUGCGUUAGUCGUAUGCUCAUGGAGCACACUGCCGCUACCUUACCCGAGGUGCCUAACAAAUUCGCGGAGCUUCUGGUCCGUAUCCCCGAACUGCAGCGGACCAGUUCGUUGGCGCGUGAACUGCUGGUGGACAAGGACCUCAGUCCCUAUCUGUCAAGCAAUUCCUUGCUGAUGGAACUGUUACGCAGUGACUUCCAGCGUCAGUCUUCUGUGGUUGAGGGCACCGGUACUGCUAACAGCCCUCCUGGUUCUCUGCAUCAACAUCAUAAUCAGGGUGUCGUGCCGACUCAGCAAGGCAGUGGAGGCGAGGUCAUGUGUGUAGACCCCCAGACUCUAUCUCUGGAGACCCUCCAAGCCACCAACAACAGCAAUGUGGUGGUCACGUCUGCACCUGCCUAUACGCACCACGAAGGAGCUAUGGAUGAAUCCGUCUACCGGUCUACUGAGGUGGCCGAUGUAGACGACCCUACA